GUUAUUUUAUCACGCACCAACAUCGAAACACCGACCAUCGAAAAGCAAGUCACGAAUGACUAACCGUUUUUCGUUUGUACUUUGUUGGUUGGAUUAUUUGUAUUUUAUAACUUAUAAGCAUGAAUAAUCAAGAAAAUCAAUUGUCAGACAUGUUAGAAGUUUACAUAUGUACAAAAUUGUCAGAACCGGAAAUAAACACGAGGAGAUACAGAAAAGGUAUGACGGUUAAUGAUCUUAAAAACAAAUUGGAAAUGAUCACUGGACGAUCAGCUGGUACGAUGAUACUAUCGGCUUACGAUAAAGACAAGUUAGUAGCUAAACUGGAUGAUGACGAUUCACAACUGGGAUCAUAUCCCGUUGAAAAUGGUAUGUUUUUAUUGGUCGAUGAUCCAGCAUAUGAGACAUCUGAUCAAGAUGCUAUUGAUGGUUACAAGAUGACCGAGGAAGAAUAUAAUGCUAAACAAGAAACAUUGAAGAGCUUUUUAAAGAAUAACAAGCUGGGAAAAUACAAUCCAGAAUAUCUGAAACAACGAGAACAAGAAAACCUGGAAAAAGAACAACAAGAGAAUAUGGAAAAAGAACAAAUCGACAAAAUGGAAGUUGGACAGAGGUGUUGUAUUCGACUACCAAACAAACCCGCUCAAUAUGGCACAGUUAUGUACAAAGGACGUUUGGAUGAUAAAAGUGGUUAUUGGGUUGGAGUUAAAUAUGAUGAACCAUACGGCAAACAUGACGGAUCUUUAAACGGAAAACAAUAUUUUGAAACACUUCCUAAGUAUGGAUCUUUUGUUACUCCUUCAGCAGUUGAAAUUGGUGAUUUUCCAGUUCUCGAUGAUGAACUUUAAACAUUCCUUAUAUUUAUAAAUUAUUUUUGUUCUCAUUAUUAGCUAACAUCAAUGAAUUAAUAUUAAUUGUGCAAUGUUUUAAUACAUUUUUUUAUACACCUUAUUUUAUUCAAUUAAUACUGUUUAACAACACUAAAGGUGGUUUAGAUUCAUAUUUUUUUUUUAAAAUCUUAAUCACAUAACUUUUUUAAGAAAUGUCCAUGAAUAUUUCUAGCAUUGCUUGUGAUAAAUAAAUAAUAUUUAAUUUACUA